AUGUCACGACAGAGUCUCUUCACUUUCCUUGUCUUCUACGGCCUCUUCCUCCAACGCCCUCUCUACGGACAGGUCAAACUGAACAUCCUUAUCACCGAAGGAAUCUGUGGACCCACAUUUGAACUCUUCGACUAUCCUUUCAGUGUCGUCUUCCCUGUCAAAGCCCUUGAGAGUUUGGAGGGCUGGCACCAACCUGCAUUCCAGGCUGCACUCUGA